AUGUUUCGACGACGCUCUGCCGCUGUGCUUGGUCCAGCAGAGGGUGGGAACACGCACGGAAGAGAUCGUCGCUCGUCAAUCACAAGCAAACUUAGCGACAUAUUCAAGAACGGAGUGGCAAACCUUGAUGAUGCUCUAGAUGACUUCGAAACAACAACUAAGCUGACGGAAAUGAAUGCUGCCAUUCAACGUCGUGGAGCGGACCGAUUCUAUCGUUGGGCACAAUGUGGAGGAAAUGAGGCCAUUGACGAUAUAGCGGGAAGAAUUCGGGAUCUGCUACAUUUACACGCUGAACAACAAACAGUUCUCGCUGUGGAAGUGGCUAAUUAUGUAGAGCGCCUUCGAAUGAUGAAAGACGCAGAGUCGGAAGUGAAACAAUUGGAGAAUCAAGUGAAAGCGUUGUUGCAUAAAGAGAAACGAAUCAGGAAGGAACUCCGUCGUCUUCAAAAUCCAGGAUUCUUUUCGAGAAGUAAACCUGGUGACAGCCUGGUGAUACAUCAUCAACUUCAAGAGGCUAUUCAGCAGCGGAUGAAAGCGGAACGUGAACUAGACGAUACUAGAGCUGAGUCUGAAGUAGUUAAAAUGUAUCGUUUUCGACAUGGAAUGAAAGGAAUUGCUGACUCGUAUGUGAGCUAUAGUGAGCGCUCAUACAACAUUUUUAGAUGUCAUAGAGAGAUUACCGAAUUGGUGCCGGCAAUAGGGACCGAAGAUGUUCGUCAAGUGAAAUAUGAAGGUGCAGCAAUUUCGCGGGAUCGCGUUGAGCAUCUGCGCAGGGCGCUAGAUCCAAGAGCGUUACAGGCAACACCGUCGUAUCCACAUAUUCCUCCUGUCUCUCAGUUGUUGGGUCCACCUCUAAUGCGAAGAAGGCGUGAGCCGCUUCGCAUGGGUUCCGCAUGGGAGCCGAUACCGUGUGAUACUCCACCACCACCAUACACUUCCACUGCCAACCAGACAUUUACCCCAAAUCACUAA